AUGAACAACAUCGCAUACAGACGCUUGGACUCGUCAAGGCGCGAGAUCCGCUUGAUCGAGAUACAGUCGGCACGCGAUAUCAGCGCUCCCAUCGAUUGCCGUCUUGUUACUGUCCGCCUGAACGACGACCUGGAGUUCAUCGCCCUGUCCUCGCUGUACGGGGACUCCUCCGAGACCGAUAAGAUCUUCGUCAAUGGCCAGGCCAUUACCAUCACUGCUCACCUCUCCCUGGCUUUGAAACACAUCCGUGCCGUCUUCUACCCGACAAUAUCCCAGCGCUUCCAGCGCACACCUGUACGGAAGCCUCACGGAGGUCCACGAUGGUUAAGACAGCUUCUCGGCAUGAGCACCUCUCGCCCUCCAGUCGAGGGCCGGGCGCUGAGGGUGUGGUGCGAUUUCCUCUGUGUCAACCCGCGCGACGAGUGGGAAAGAUCAAAACAGCACUCUGACAUGCGUAACAUCUACAGAUCGGCCGAGCUUGUCGUCGGCUGGCUGGGUGACAAGACGGAGCACACGGACUCGGGUAUGUUGGCGUUUGCUGAGAUUGAGGAUGCUAUGCCGCCUCACUGGGGAGACCCCGGAGACCGGGAGAGGAACCCACAAGACUACUCGCCAACGCAUGAGUGGGCGAAGAAGAUCACGCAUAUUUGGACUGACGGGCCCAAUGGCGAGAUUCCCUUCUUGAUGCCACGUUGGGUCGGCGGCACAGACUUCAUGCUCCGCCCAUACUUCCAGCGCCGCUGGAUCCUCGAGGAGCUUGCCAUGGCGCGAUUCCCUACGUUCCUGAUCGGCGACAUUAUCGUGCCUUGGAAACAGGUGCUUCGCCUGAACCGGAUGUUGGAGGAGUUUAAGUAUCAACGUUCUGACGUCUUCCCUGCGCAUUUGUCCGAAUUAAUUGCCGAUCUGCCCCUUGAAUCUGCAGCCAAGCUGCUGGAUGAAUUUGCCAAGAAAGAAGCAUUAGAGGACGCCAAAAUCCUUCAAGAGCACGCCACAAGUAGCCGAGCUACAUCCUCAAGCAGAUCCACCAACAAUUGA